AUGUAUGGAUACAAACUCUACAUCUCCAACAGUACGGACUUCCGUCUUUUACACGAGGCUUACCUCUGUUACAGUCAUACAGGGCCGGAGUUACCCGAACUCAAUGUUACUCAUGUAUGUGUUUCUUUUGCUCGGUAUGUAAUUUUCUACAACGAAAGAGGAGUUCCUGGUUGUGAAGAGGAUGGCGUUUAUGGAAGUAACUGUAAUGAAACCUGCCCUACCAACUGUCAAGAGAGAAGAUGUUACAUAACUAUUGGAACUUGUGCUGGAUGUAAAGACGGUUGGACUGGGGAAAAGUGUCUUAAUGCUUGUCCAGCUGGAAAAUAUGGAGCCGAAUGCAAAAACACAUGUACAGACCGUUGUGGAAAUAAUACUUCUUGUAAUCACGUGACUGGUCAGUGUGAGGGGUGUCUAUCUGGAUGGAUGGGACACGAUUGCAAUGAAAUAUGUCAAACUGGCACGUAUGGAGAAGACUGUGAACAGAACUGUAGUGGAAACUGUUAUAACAACGAUACAUGCUACAAUGUCAAUGGCUAUUGUCCUCGGGGUUGCCGUGAUGGCUUUCAAGGAAAUCGCUGCCAUGAACAAAGCGUUGUUGAUUUGAAAAGCCUUUGCGGUGACCAAAGAAACAACUUUGCAGGAUUGACGGCGGGUUUGGUUAUUUCCCUAUUGAUCAAUGUUGGAUUUUGCUUUCUAGUAGUGCUUUACUUCAUCAGGAAGAAAAAUGUUACUCGCUGUAGGAAGAAAGAGAACAAGAAAGAAAAUGACCAGCCUUCCUACGAGGUCAGCGACAUAGGGCGUUCUCAACAAAGUUCAACAUCUGGCGGCCAUCUUGAAAAUCAUACAUACGAGGAUCUGCUUUUCCACUCGAACAAUAGAGGCCCCUGA